GAAACUAUUUUAAGAGAGGGUUUCUUUAUCAUCAUAAUCAUCCUCUUCUUCUUCUUCUUAAGUCCACAUACAAAAUUAUUAAAAUAGGCCUUAUUUGAUUGAAUUUUUUAAAAUUAAACAUUUGUAUUCAAAAUUCAAUCCACAAAUUUCUCAAUCUCUAUAGCUUUUUACAAAAUUCCAUUUCUGGGUUUUGUUUAUUCCGUGAUUUUAUACAAAACCCAACUCAAUCUUUGAUUCAAAUUUUACAUAUUAUGAGGACUGGAUUAAGUACGAUCCAACAAACGUUAACCCCAGAAGCCGCCACUGUUUUAAACCAUUCAAUAUCAGAAGCCGGCCGCCGAAACCACGGCCAAACGACACCGCUUCAUGUCGCUUCAACUUUACUAGCUUCACCUACUGGCUUUCUCCGGCAAGCUUGUAUCCGGUCACACCCGAAUUCUUCACACCCUCUUCAGUGUAGAGCUUUGGAGUUGUGUUUUAGUGUAGCUCUUGAACGUCUUCCGACGUCCACGUCAUCACCGGCGGUUAAAGAACCGCCGAUUUCUAACGCUCUGAUGGCGGCCCUUAAACGUGCCCAAGCCCAUCAGAGACGUGGUUGCCCUGAGCAACAACAGCAACCACUUUUAGCGGUUAAAGUUGAGCUAGAGCAAUUAAUUAUUUCUAUACUUGAUGACCCAAGCGUUAGUCGGGUCAUGCGCGAGGCUAGUUUUUCUAGCCCCGCUGUUAAAUCUACAAUCGAACAAUCUUUAUCUUUAAAUAAUAAUAACAAUACCAAUAACGGAAACAUUUGUGUUGGUGGCGGAGGGAAUCCGAUUCAGAUUCCCUCCACUCCUGGAAUUGGAUUCCGUCCUUCUCCCGUGGGUUCAGUUCCUUUAAACAGGAACUUAUAUCUGAACCCACUCUUAAAAAAGAACGAGGAAUCCGUGUCGUCAGCUCCUAGAAAUGUUUAUUUGAAUCCGUUGUUAGGGAAUCAAGUUUUGAAUCAACCAAGGAAUGAUGAUGAGGUGAAGAGGGUAAUUGAGAUUAUGACAAAGCCCAAAAAACGGAAUCCGAUUCUAGUAGGGGAAUUAGAACCAGAAACAAUCCGUAACGAGAUCUUGAAACGAGUCGAAAAGGGUGAAUUUGUAGGAGAGUUGAAAAGCUUUGAGGUGAUUUCAAUUGGAAAAGAGUUUGUAUCACUGUCUGAUAAGUCGUUAAUACCGAAUAAGAUCAAGGAAUUAGGUGAUUUUGUUGAUCAAAAAAUCGCGACCUCUGAUACUACUAAAGGUGCUGUGAUUGAUCUGGGGGACUUGAAAUGGUUAGUUGAGCAACCUCCUGCAACGGUCGUGUCUUCGGUAGGUCGUGAAUCCGUUACGGAAAUGGCUAAAAUAGUAUCGAAAUUCGCGGGGAGAGUUUGGUUGAUCGGGACGGCUACUUGUGAGACGUAUUUAAGGUGUCAAGUUUAUCAUCCAUCCAUGGAAACUGAUUGGGAUUUACAAGCUGUACCAAUUACAUCAAGAUCACCUCUUCCAUCCAUGUUUUCAAGGAUGGGAACAAAUGGUGUCCUUGGUAGUUCAGUUGAGUCUUUGAAUCCAUUGAAGAAUUUUUCGACGACUAUUAAUUUGGAUACCAACCGAAAGGCACCAUACUGUCCGAAAUGUUCAAAUGAUUAUGAACAAGAAUUAGCGAAAUUGAAGGAGGUUGAAAAACCGCCCGAUGAAGCUACGAGUAGUUUACCUCAAUGGCUGCAAAAUGUUAAAACAAAGGAUCAACCACAGGUUAAGGAUCAAGAAGUGGUCUCGAAACAGAGGAUUCAAGAAUUGCAGAAGAAAUGGAGUGAUACAUGUUUACGACUUCAUCCAAAUUACAAUCAAUCUCCGAGAUUAGAUAGAAUUGUACCAAUGGCCUUACCUUUGACUGGGGGAUACAAGCCAAACAUGCUUCUAACACAAAGUUUACCGGGUCAACAGCCACGGUUACAGCCUCCUAGAAGUCUUCAAGAGGCUUUGCAACCAGCGCAACAGCCACGUUUAGAGCCUCCAAGGAGCCCCGUUCGUACUGAUCUUGUUCUUGGACCUAAGAAAUCUUCAGAGCUCACAGCUCCAAAAGAAAAUGAGGAUUUGACUGUUAAGGACCUUCUAGGAUGCAUCUCUUCCGAACCACAAAAGGCUAAAUUUGCAGAUACAGCAGAUACUGACUCAUUUAAGAAAUUGCUUAAAGGUUUAAUGAAAAAGGCGUGGUGGCAGCCGGAGGCAGCUUCAACUAUAGCAACAACCAUAACACAAUGCAAAGUAAAUAGUGGUUUGAGGGGUUGUGUGUGGCUAUUGUUUGUUGGUCCUGACCGAGUGGCAAAGAAGAAGAUGGCAUCCGUCUUAGCCGAGCACGUUAGUGGGACCAACCCGAUCACUAUAUGCCUCGGGUCAAGGCGUGAUGGUGAGGAAACAGACAUGGGCUUUCGUGGUAAAACUGUGUUGGAUCGGAUCGUUGAAGCGGUUCGUAGGAACCCAUCUUCUGUGAUAGUUCUUUCGGACAUUGAUGAAGCUGAUAUGUUAAUCCGUGGAAAUAUUAAACGAGCUAUGGAACGAGGCCGGCUUACUGAUUCUCACGGGCGUGAAAUUAGCCUUGGGAAUGUUGUUUUUGUACUAACGGGGAACUGGUCAACUGCAAACAUAGAAGAACAUCAAGUUGAUGAGCAACGGUUGCACUCAAUAGCAAGCCGUGAUUGGCAGUUGAAGUUAGCACUCGGCGAGAAAAGAUUGAAACGACGAGCACAUUGGUUGUCGGGGAAUGAUAGGUUAAGGAGACCGAGGAAAGAAUCCACAUUGGAUCUAUCACUUGAUCUUAACCUAUCAGUGGACUAUGAGGAAGACCGAACAGAUGGUUCAAUAAACUCGAGCAAUUUGACCAUUGACCAAGAAGAUGAGAACCAACAGUUUUCGGUUAUGUCUGUACCUCAUGAGCUCGUUGGGCCGAGUGAUGGUGCGGUCGUUUUCAAGCCAGUCAAUUUUGGGAAUAUCCGUCGUGAGAUAGAGAAAACGGUCAAAAAUGCGUUCUCAACUAUAGUAGAUGAGAAGAUAGCCAUUGAGGUCGAGGAGGAAGCUGUUGAGAACAUAUUAGGCGGGUUAUGGUUUGGUCGGACCAGUCUAGAGGAAUGGGCUGAACAUGUGUUGAUUCCGAGCUUCCACCAGCUCAACAAUCGGUUACCAUCUUCGACAGAUGACGUGGUGAUUCGACUUGAGUCGGACCGAGAUUCUGUUCAGCUAGGCAGUGGAGGCGACUGGCUGCCUAGCAAAAUAUCUGUGAUGGUCUGAUGGAGAGUGUAUUUUGGUACUAUUAUUUAUUUUAUAUGGGACCAUAUGUGUAUAUAGUUGGGGAAAAAGGAGGUAUAGUGAAACUUUUAGAAAAAGGAGAGAACCGUUAAUAGAAGUAAUCAAAAAUGACGGUUCUCAAAAUUCCCUUUUUAAAGAAUUUGUUGUAUUUUCUUCUUUGAAUUUCGUAUAAAUUUUCACAAAGUAAUUAUUACUCCGUCCUUUAAA